CCGGAAGUUUCUGUCCGCGGUUUUGCUAGGCUAAGAGAGCGGCGUUGGGGACGGCAGCCAGGGGUUCCAGGUGCCAAGGCGCGGGGGGCCAAGGAAGCGUAUGAGGCCGUCAGGGAGACUCACGCAGCGCGAUACAGGCGGAACCCUGACCUGACUUGGAACACCCUCCUCGUCUCGGCUCGCCUCCUUACCCAGCCCCUACUGGGGUCUGGAACAGCCCCGCCCCCUGACCUGAGCCUAGUCCCUUCUCCGGCCCUGACACUCUGCCCCUUGACCUCGGGGCGCUCCCUCAUCUCUCCAGCGCGAUGGCUACGGGCGCGGAUGUGCGGGACAUUCUAGAACUCGGAGGUCCAGAGGGGGAUGCAGCUUCUGGGACGAUCAGCAAGAAAGACAUUAUCAACCCGGACAAGAAAAAGUCCAAGAAGUCCUCUGAGACACUGACCUUCAAGAGGCCGGAGGGCAUGCACCGGGAGGUCUAUGCACUGCUCUACUCUGACAAGAAGGAUGCACCCCCACUGUUACCCAGUGACACUGGCCAGGGCUACCGUACGGUGAAGGCCAAGUUGGGCUCCAAGAAAGUGAGGCCCUGGAAGUGGAUGCCGUUCACCAACCCAGCCCGCAAGGAUGGAGCUAUGUUCUUCCACUGGCGACGGGCAGCCGAGGAGGGCAAGGACUACCCCUUUGCCAGGUUCAAUAAGACUGUGCAGGUACCUGUGUAUUCAGAGCAGGAGUACCAGCUCUACCUCCAUGAUGAUGCCUGGACUAAGGCGGAGACUGACCACCUCUUUGAUCUCAGCCGCCGCUUUGACCUGCGUUUUAUAGUUAUCCAUGACCGCUACGACCACCAGCAGUUCAAGAAACGUUCUGUGGAGGACCUGAAGGAACGGUACUACCACAUCUGUGCCAAGCUGGCCAAUGUGCGGGCUGUGCCAGGCACAGACCUUAAGAUACCAGUAUUUGAUGCUGGGCAUGAGCGACGGCGGAAGGAGCAGCUGGAGCGGCUCUACAAUCGGACCCCAGAGCAGGUGGCAGAGGAGGAGUACCUGCUACAGGAGCUGCGCAAGAUCGAGGCCCGGAAGAAGGAGCGGGAGAAGCGGAGUCAGGACCUGCAGAAGCUGAUAACAGCGGCAGAUACCACUGCAGAGCAGCGACGCACAGAGCGCAAGGCCCCCAAAAAGAAGCUACCCCAGAAAAAGGAGGCUGAGAAGCCGGCUGUUCCUGAGACUGCAGGCAUCAAGUUUCCAGACUUCAAGUCCGCAGGUGUCACGCUGCGGAGCCAGCGGAUGAAGCUGCCAAGCUCCGUGGGACAGAAGAAGAUAAAGGCCCUGGAGCAGAUGCUGCUGGAGCUUGGUGUGGAGCUGAGCCCGACACCCACGGAGGAGCUGGUGCACAUGUUCAACGAGCUGCGAAGUGACCUGGUGCUGCUCUACGAGCUCAAGCAGGCCUGUGCCAACUGCGAGUACGAGCUUCAGAUGCUGCGGCACCGUCACGAGGCACUGGCCCGCGCUGGCGUGCUGGGGGGUCCUGCCAUGCCAGCGUCGGGCCCAGCCCCGGCCUCUGCUGAACCAGUGGUGCCUGAACCCGGUCCUGGCCCUGACCCCACCAAGGACACAAUCAUUGAUGUGGUGGGCGCACCCCUCACACCCAAUUCGAGGAAGCGACGGGAAUCGGCUUCCAGUUCAUCUUCUGUGAAGAAAGCCAAGAAGCCGUAAGAGGCCACACAGAGUGUGGGUGUUGCUAUUGUGUAAAUAGAGCUGCUGAGUUGUACUGGGC